GAAACUAACUUUCUUUCUUCUGUUGUUUCAGGAUUUGUUUCUCUCCAAUACCAGUGAUUUCUGAAAAAGUAACAAUGUCGUAUGUUGGUGAAUUGAGAAGAAGACACUCUUCUGCAAAAACAAGUACUGAAAACAAUGAAGAAAAAGCUGCUCCUCGUUAUCUUCAAGCUUCGACCGGAUCCUGUCACGAUUUCUGCAAAUAUGGGAAACAACUCGCACUUGAACCAAAGAAAAUGAGUUUAAUGCCUAGAAUUGCUGAAAGGACACACCUCCGCCGGAGUUCAGUAGGUGACGUAGUAGCAGCAGUGACCCCAAGUGUCAAACGUAGAGCAUCAGUUGAUUUCGGACCAACAAGGAUGUCAUUGGCCAAACGCAGAGAAUCAACUGAUUCUAAUGCCUCUGACGCAAUCAAGGUAAUCAAAACCGAACCAGGCCGACCAGUCCACCCUGACAAUGGAGUUGUCGUGGUGAACAAAACGAAAACAUCAUCUGUCAAAGUGAAACAAUCACCACUUCUUCCGAAAUCACAUUUCUCCUCUACCUGCAAAACUAGGAGGCAGGAAAUUUCAUCAAGUUCUAAGAUGGACAUUACCCCAAAACCAAUUUCCAAGAAGGCUGAAGCUUCAUCAAUGUCAUCUUCUAAGAAGGAGGAACCUCUAUCGAAAUCAAUCUUUCAUAACGUGAAAAUCCAUCCGAUAUCAACUUAUUCGGCCAAAACUCCAUUGAAAUCAACUUUCAAGAAGACGGGCCAAAUAGCUUCACCUUUGUUGCCUAUUUCCUCGCCCAAACCUUCGCGCAAAAGAGUUGUGGGUAUUAAUAUGCACAAGAGCCUGAAAACUGUGUCGCGUGUUAAGAAUCAACCAAAGCCUAGAAAAAUUGAACCUGAGGUACACUGCAUUGAGGCUGAGGCAGAAGAAAAGACUCUGUAUGUCAUCGAGAUAGAAAACGAAGACAAUACUUUUCAAUCCGAUCAAAAUGCAAACCAGGAAAUUGAACUUUCCCGGUCUCAAUCAUUUUCAUCAUCCAAGUUUUCAUCACAAGAAGAUCAAGAGGAAUCUGAAUAUGCAGCUAGUGAAUUCGAGGAGGAUUCUUGUUUCGAAUUUGCAAACAACGAAAAGGAAAACAAGGAAAGUCUGGAGACAUUGGACUUGAAAGUUGAGAAUGAGAAACCGCGAAAGGACGAGAUUGUGAUUUUGGUUGAACCUCAAAUUGAGGAAAGUGGUACCAAGAAGCUUAAGUUCAAAAGAGGUAAAGUGUUGAGAGAAAACGAUGCAGAUUCUGAUGAGGGGGAAGACGAGACCAGUUGCGAGAAAGUUGUUUUGAGACAUCAAGAUGUGAAAGGGAAGAAAGAUGAACAAGGAUUGUUGAAUAAUGUGAUUGAGGAAACAGCAAGUAAACUGGUUGAGAUUCAAAGAAGUAAGGUGAAAGCUUUGGUUGGUGCAUUUGAGACUUUAAUCUCUCUCAAUGAGAAAAAAACCUUGAGCAUGCACUAGUGUUUCUUUAGAUUGUCACUGAGUUUGACAGAAUCACAGUAUAUUUACUUUUAUUUUGAUUAAAGUUACGAUUUUAAACUUUAACGAAAUUAAAGUGUGACUGUGAAUUUGUCAAACUCACAGUUAUUUGGAAGUUAGAGUUGUUUUGUUAUUUGCUAAGGUUGGGUUAGAGUU